AGAACUUAAGGAUUUACCCAAAGGUGCAUCAAUUAUUCUAUGAAUAGUGAAUAUGAUGAGGUAAUUAAUAUUCUUAGUCAAAUAUAUAUUGUCUGUCAAAAAUAUUUAAUUGCCUAUUAAAGACUAAAUGGCAUUUAAAUUAUGAUAGUGUAUCGUAGUAUCUACCUAAAGGAGAAUUGCGAUAUGUUUUAACUGUUUUGUUGAAUCCAUAUUGAUUUGUGAGCAUGUAUUAUCUAUUUUGCAGCUAUUCCUUUUCAUUUGCUUGCUUCGUCUGUUACUGUGUUCAAUGGAUUGAACUUCUCUGAAUGGCGUGAACAAGUCCAGUUCCACUUAGGUGUGAUGGAUCUUGACUUGGCUCUGCUAAAUGAUAAGCCCGCUGCCAUUACUGAUUCGAGCAGUGCGGAUGAGAAGUCUUUCCAUAAAGCAUGGGAACGCUCUAACAGGCUAAGCCUUAUGUUUAUGCGAAUGAAUAUUGCUAACAACAUUAAGAGUACUAUUCCACAAACAGAAAGUGCCAGGGAAUACCUGAAGUUUGUGGAAGAACGUUUUCGUUCUGAAGAUAAGUCUCUCACUGGUACACUAAUAGCUGAACUCACGACCAUGAAGUUUGAUGGGUCGCGUAGUAUGCAAAAUCAUAUCAUCGAGAUGACUAACAUUGCAGCAAGACUUCAGACCUUGGGGAUGAAAGUGGAUGACUCCUUCUUGGUUCAGUUUAUUCUGAACUCGUUACCUCCUGAGUAUGGACCUUUUCAAAUUAACUAUAACACUAUUAAGGAUAAGUGGAAUGUUAGUGAAUUAUCCAGUAUGCUUGCUCAGGAGAAGUCAAGACUUAAGAAACAAGGGAGUCAUUCAAUUAACCUCAGGGGUCAAGGAGCUGGUAAAGGACUUAAAGUGAAGGCCAACAAGUUCAAGAAGAAGAAAGCACCUGCUAAAGCUCAACAAGAUGCUAACAAGGAACAUAAGACAGAUACGUGUCGUUUCUGUAUCAAGGAAGGACACUAUCAGAAAGAUUGCCUGAAACGUAAAGCUUGGUUCGAAAAGAAAGGGAUUCCUUACAAUCCAAACUACAAAUCCAAAUAAGGAUUUCUUAUUCAUGGGAAAUCGUAUGAAGGCUCCAAUUGAAGGCAUAUGGACUUAUCGUUUGAUCAUGGAGACUGGACGUCACCUUGAUCUAUUAUAGACUCUUUAUGUACCUUCAGUUUCUAGGAAUUUGAUUUCUCUUUCAAAACUUGAUGU